AUGGAUGACAGAAUUAUAAAAAAACUCUUAAUACCAAGUGUUAUUGUACUUGUCAUAUCUGUUAUAUUUGUUUAUGAAUUUAAAAAUUUGCUCGAUUACUUGGUAUUUAAAGAAAAAAAAAUGCUUAUUAUUGGAAUUCUAUCUUCUCCUGAAAAUUUUAAGCAGCGAAUAAGCUUAAGAGAAACAUGGUUAAAAUUAAUUUCAGGAUUAUCUGCCUCAUCUUUUUUCAUUAUAGGAAAUGAAAUUUGUCAUGUUCCAGUUAUUGAUAGACCCGAUCCAUAUACAUGCAUCAAUCAACCAUUUUCCCUAGCUUCUGAUGUAACAGAAGAAACAGAAUUUAUCACAAUGAAAAUUUCAAAUAAUUCAAAAAUUCAUUAUAACCCAAUUCCAUUUUAUACUGGCUUUGGGUUUUAUGUUCGAAGUCAAAUUAAUAUAACAAAAUUAGGGAUAUUGAGAGAAUUUCUUGUAAGGUUCAAAUGUAAUGUUACAGUUAAUUUAUUCUCUGCAUAUAAUAGUAAUCUUUUAGCUACAGUCACAUUUAAUAAAAGACAAUUAAGAAAUACAAAAUCGCUAAUUUUAUUACAAUCAAUAACACCUGUCACGCUUGAAGAAUUUUCCGAAGUUAAUUUAAAAAUAGAAGCAGAAAAUAUUGAUAGCAUAUUACUUCCAAACUGUCAAAAUGCUCUUUGGGAAAAUGGUCCUAAUGUAAUUACAAUAAAUAAUUUAUGGACCACCACUGGUCUCAUACCAGAUUCAUUCAAAAAAAAAUCUUGUACCUAUGUUCUUAUGGCCUACAGAGUUUUAGACACAGAUAAAAUUAAAACUUUAGUCGAAAAUAAAAAGAAAAGACUUGAAACUUGGUAUUUGCAAAAUAAAAGAUUGAGUGUAGAGUUACUUAAUGAAAGUAAAUUUUUUAACGAUAUUAUUUUUGUCAAUACAAUUGAUGUUUAUAGAAAUUUAACUAAGAAAAUGAUUGAAUUUUACAAAAGUGUAAUUAAAUCAGUUUAUUUUCAUUAUAUAUUAAAAACCGAUGAUGAUUCCUUCAUUGAUUUAUUAAGGGUAUACCAUCAAUUGGAAAUUAUUAGAAAGGAAUUAAUUAUUGAAAUGAGACCAAGGUAUAACAAAAAUGUUCAAUUUUCAUAUUCCUCUGGUUUGAAUACACCAAAAUUUUGGUGGUGGAGUUAUUUUAGAGAAUUUUGGAAAGUGCAAAGAGCAGGUAAAUGGAGAGAGAGUCAAUACAGAUCGGCAUCAUAUCCUUCAUUCCCUUGCGGGGGUGGAUAUGUUAUAAAUAAAGAAAUAGCUAAUUACAUAGCAAACAAUGCAAAAUAUUUAAAUCAAUUUCAAGGAGAAGAUGUUUCAUUAGGGAUUUGGCUAUCAUCUUUAUCCGUGACGCACUAUCGUAACCCCAACAUAAAUACAUUUAAAUCAACAAAUAAAUUGCAAAAAACAAUUCAAUUAAAAUAUAGGGAUUAUCAUUCCGUUUCCCAGUAUAAAACUAAAAGUUCUGAAGAAUUUAUUCCUGAUGUUUGCCAGUGGAUUUGUGAUAAUGAACAAAAUAUUUCUCUUCCAUCGUGCAAUAAAGUUCAAUUAACUGUUAAUGAAAUGUACAAUGUUUGGAAUAAAUACAGACAAAAAGGAUUUAUUUAA